AUGAAUGCCGCUUCAACUUCAGAAAGUGGACCGUAUUCCACACACAAGCCUUUUUUUUACGCACAACCAAGUGCGCAGCAAAUGUUCCCAAAUCCAUGCUUCGUUGGCCCUAUGUACAACCCAUAUGGUAUUCCUACCACAGGCUUUAGAAAUGGGAGUCCAUAUUAUCCACUCUAUUCUCUACCUCUCCAUGAGUACCCUGGAUAUCUUGUUCCACAGCAUCCCAUGCAUAUGAGAGUUAACAGAAGACCAUAUUUUAAUGGUCAUCUACCCUCGCCCAUGUUUUAUCAAGCCACGCGGUUCAGGCACUACAGCCCAGGGAAACGAACGGAAACUAAAGAGACACAGACAGAUCUGAAGCAGUCUGAGUGUAAACCAAAAAACCAUCUGGAUCACAGUGCAGAAACUCAAGUCUGUGAUGCUGGAAAUAUGGCUUACGUCCCUUCUCCUGCUGGUAAAGGAGCUGCAAGUCCCUUGGAAAAACAGGACAGGGCUAUGUUUUCUCCUGUUUCAGACAGAGACUUUGCAAAGAACUCUUCAGGGUCUGUACAGUUCCGAAGCCUCCCCCCACCAGGCUAUGCCUAUGAGAAAGAGGAAGUCAGAAUAGAAUAUAAUGAUGGUGCCCCUGCCAUUCAGUUAUGGAAGUCCUUCAAAGAAACAAUCCCUCUAUAUGAUGUGGCAGAGAAGUCAGUUCCGGAGAAUGUAAUGCAAAGUGAUGUGUUUGCUCUGACUUCCUGUGAAGGAGUUAUAUAUGGGCCUCCUGAACGAGCGGCAUUGGUGCCAAGUAUUACUUAUCCAGAGGAACAAAAGGCUCUUGAGGAUGAUGUGCACGAGAAAGAGCAAGGAAAACUGGACCCAGAAAAGCAGGGGGCUGCAAGCCAUCGGACAAGAUCUCCACUAGAUGAAACCAAAACAGCACAGAUGGCUGAACCAACCGGACCUGACUUGGACAUCAAAGUUUCUGGCCUUACUCCUGCCAAACGAUCUUCUGGCUCAAAGAGGCCCAGUGGUUCAAAAACUCCUCAAGAAAUGUCAGACCUGAUUCAACAGAGUGAAUUGUUUCAAUCUGGUAGAGACAAGACGAAUGACGCCGGUUUCCCUGAGAAACUGAAUGAAAACAAUGAGAUGUCCCUUGAAAGUCAACCAACUCUAGAAAAAAGUCUAUGGUGUGAUGAGUCAGAGAAAUACAUUCCUUCUGACAGUUGGCUGGCUUGCUUGGACAAUGUUGACCCCAACUAUAACAUGUAUUUGUCCCGAAGAAAACGCCCAAGUGUACUCAGCCUUACCUCUGAUGAGAUGUCUUCUGUGGAUGAAGGUUCAUCAAUUGAUAAUGUACCAGUGUCUUAUUUUGCCCCCGGCUACACAUUUCAGAAGAGUGUGUAUCCCUUCAAAAAAAAUACAGAGGGCUCAGAGAGAGAGAAAAUAAAAAGUGGAGGCUUCCUCAAUGAAGAUAAAGAAGCGGUGGGGGAAGAGGAGGUCUAUGAGGGCCCAAAGAUGAAGACCUGCUCAAGAAUCAAGAUUAAAGAGCUUUCCAGUCGAAGUAGGAAACUGGGUACUCUGCCGAGGUCUUCCAGUAGAAAGAAGCUCUAUUCACUGAAGAAAAAAGCCCCCAAGAGUUUGUCGCCAUCAGAAGCAGACGACUCUGAAGAAUACUGGGUGAAAGAACCGGAGGAUGAAGAGGACGAGAGGGAAGAAUACUACUUGAUCCAAGGAGUUGCUCCUUGUGGAACUUUAGCCCCUACCAAAUUUGGUCAGCAAGUAUUAUGGAAGCUACCCAAAAAUGCUGUUCCAGCACAGCUCAUCAGUUGGCCUGUUGAAGAAAAAACAAAAAUGUCCAGGCUCACUAACAAGCUGAAGGACCAAGAAGAAGAUGAAGAUCUCUGUGAUGAUGUCAACUUCUAUCUGAAGAGACCUACAGCUGAACAACUUGAAUUCCUUGAGCACAGAAGAAAUUCACAAAGGUUUUCAGGAAAGCUACUGAAGGAAGGCGGAGGGGUUGUGGCUGAUGACUGCUGGCUACGAAGUGGUGCUAGGCCCAAGUUUGCCAGCUUGCUUCAUGGUGGUCUCUCACCUACGACCAAAAGCAGAGAGCCAGAAUGCACGCCAAAGAAGAAAGGAGUGCGCAAGCCUCCACACAAACGGAGAGACACAAGAGAUGAUCCAGAUGUAGAACAAUGGGAGAAGACCAAAACUGCCCAUCACAAAGGUCAGUGUCCAAAACAGGUGGAUGCUUUAGCUGAAACUAGAGAUGCAGUUAUGCCUUUUGAAUUUGAACUCUAG